AGUGGGGGCGGUGCAGGAAGGGGACGAGCCAGAGGGGAAACCAUGGCCGGAAAGGACAGGACGGCACUCCGAGCGGGGAGGGCAACAGGAGACUGCGGGGGAGACCUUGCGCUUCUUUGGAAACUUGUGGAGGCCCCGAGCGGACAAGCGGGAGCCCCUGACGGACAGCUGACCGGGGAGGCUGGUGGCCCGAGUGUCCCCUCUGGCCCGUCGGCACCCCGAGUAGGACGCCCUUGUCACCCAGGGAUCCCCUCCGAGGCGCCCCGCCGGGCCGACUGUCCCCGGGAGCAACAGCCCCGCACGUCGAGGGGCGCGGUGGCGGGGUCACGGGGUUUCCAGCGUCCUGGGGACGACCGUGUGGGGAGCAGCGGGCCUUUGUGCCGGCCCGGGAAUGACCGGAAGCGGUCCCGGUCCGCGCAGCCUGAAGGACAGUCCGGCUCCGGGUCCCCGGUCCUGGAAGACAGCGGGAUGGGGGCACAGUGCAAGCUGUGGGGGGCUGGGGGCUGCUGGCUCUGA